UUUUCAUCUUGAAUAAAAUAAGAAAGGUUUCCCAGAAAGUGACAGCGAGCUUUGGAGUGAGGACAUUUGUACUGUAUCUUAGGAGUGAUGGCGGCGUCUGCACCUUCCUCGUCUGGCAACGAACCGGAUCCCAACUCGACAAAUUUACGACCACCAGGCUCAAGCUAUGACGCUUGGUGUGGAGUUGCUCACGGAUGUUCUAGAAAAUUGGGAAUGAAGAUAUGUGGAUUUUUGCAGAAGAACAACAACCUCGAGGAGAAGAUUAGUUCCUUCAAGGAAAGAUCGUCUAAGGACCUGCUGGAUAACAGCGACAGGGAUUCCCGUUUCAGACGCACCGAGACGGACUUUUCCAAUCUAUUUGCUAGAGAUUUAUUACCAGCUAAAAAUGGAGAGGAGCCAACUAUGCAGUUUUUGUUGGAGGUGGUGGAUAUCCUCACAAACUACGUCCGGAAGACCAUUCGAAGAUCCACCAAGGUCCUGGACUUCCACCACCCCCACCAGCUGCUGGAAGGCAUGGAGGGCUUCAACCUGGAGCUAUCUGACCAACCUGAAUCUCUGGAGCAGAUCCUGGUGGACUGUAGGGAUACCCUGAAAUAUGGAGUGAGAACAGGUCACCCCAGGUUUUUCAAUCAGCUAUCUACUGGCUUAGACAUCAUUGGCUUGUCAGGAGAAUGGCUCACCUCCACUGCAAACACUAACAUGUUCACCUAUGAGAUUGCCCCAGUCUUCGUGCUCAUGGAACAGCUGACGCUGAAGAAGAUGAGGGAGAUCAUUGGCUGGCCUGAUGGAGAGGGCGAUGGGAUCUUCUCACCAGGUGGAGCGAUAUCCAACAUGUACAGUGUGAUGAUCGCCCGCUACAAGUUCUUCCCUGAAGUCAAGACCAAAGGCAUGACUGCUGCCCCCAGACUGGUGCUCUUCACCUCCGAGCAUAGCCACUACUCUAUAAAGAAAGCCAGUGCUGCUCUGGGCUUUGGAACAGAAAACCUGAUCCUGUUGAGCACAGAUGAGAGAGGGAGAGUCAUUCCCGCUGAUUUGGAAGCCAAGGUCAUCGAUGCCAAGGCGAGGGGUUGUGUCCCAAUGUUCGUGAAUGCUACAGCUGGUUCCACAGUGUAUGGAGCAUUCGAUCCCAUCCACGAGAUUGCAGACAUCUGCGAGAAAUACAACAUGUGGUUACAUGUGGAUGGUGCGUGGGGAGGAGGCCUACUGAUGUCCAGGAAGCACAGGCACAAGCUGUGUGGCGUAGAGAGGGCCAACUCGGUCACCUGGAACCCUCACAAGAUGAUGGGUGUGCCACUGCAGUGUUCUGCCAUUCUGGUCAGAGAGAGGGGAGUUUUAUCAGGCUGCAACUCCAUGUGCGCUGGCUACCUCUUCCAACCAGACAAACAGUACGAUGUAUCGUACGACACGGGGGACAAGGCCAUCCAGUGUGGACGACAUGUAGAUAUCUUCAAAUUCUGGCUCAUGUGGAAAGCGAAGGGAACAAUAGGGUUUGAACAGCACAUCGACAAGUGUUUGGACCUCUCGCAUUAUCUCUACACUAAAAUAAAGGGUCGCGAGGGCUAUCAGAUGGUGUUCGAUGGAGAGCCCCAGCACACAAAUGUCUGCUUCUGGUACCUUCCGCCAGGCAUUCGUGACAUGCCCGAUGGUCAGGAGAAGAGGGAGAAGUUGCAUAAGGUGGCCCCCAAGAUCAAGGCAUUGAUGAUGGAGUCUGGAACUACCAUGGUGGGCUACCAGCCUCAGGGAGACAAGGUCAACUUUUUCCGAAUGGUCAUCUCCAAUCCUGCCGCCACCAGGUCAGAUAUCGACUUCUUGACCGAUGAGAUUGAGAGACUGGGGCAGGACUUGUAAUGGCCACACCCAUUAGGAGGAUGUUGCCCUUUGACCUUUCAUUCUCAGCUUUGUCAUGUCCAGCUCUAAAAAGACCCUGAGCUACACUGAGCUUCAUAUUCCUGUUGUCUCUUGACCAAUCAUGUAGGACUUUGAAUCUUCAGCUGCUUAUAGGUCUUUUUAGACCACAGGUAACCUUCAGAAUAAUAAAUGUGGGUCUCAUAUGUUUCCUGUCUGUUCUGUCUUUUAGCAGUGACUAUGCCAUUGUUAGAUUUAACUAUUGUACAGUAUAGCCUAUGUAAGAGAAUACAUAUUCACAUACUGAGUGACCUUGAGCAACCUUUUCAGUAGAGACAGAGGACAAUGCAAGGCACCUCAUGGCAUAGAUAUGUGCAGUAUUGUAAUAUACAGUACUAGUCUAAAGUUUGGAGACACCUACUCAUUCCAGGAGUUCUUUAUUAUUACGAUUUUCUAUGUUGUAGAAUAGUAGUGAAGACAUCAAAAGUAUGAAAUAAUACAUAUGGAAUCAUGUAGAAACCAAAAAAGUGUUGAGAUUCUUCAAAGUAGCCACCCUUUGCCUUGAUGACAGCUUUGCACACUCUUGGCAUUCUCUCAACCAGCUUCAUGAGGAAUGCUUUUCCAACAGUCUUGAAGGAGUUCCCACAUAUGCUGAGCACUUGUUGGCUGCUUUUCCUUCACUCUGCGGU